AAACUAGACAUGCGCCGGCCCCGUGUAGGUAGCUAAUGGAAACAGUAAACACUUCUACAAUUAUUACAUCCAGGUUUAAUAAGAGACGGGAGCGUGAACUGUCUAUUUCGUCUGGCAGAUAUACAGGUUUAAUAAGAGACGGGAGCGUGAACUGUCUAUUUUGUCCGGCAGAUAUACAGUUCGUUAAAAUCUGAAACCAUGGCUACUUACCCGGUGAUGCAUCAGCCUCUCCCCCAGAGGAUUGGCGAUGUUAACGGACACAGGGAAUGGUCUACAGGCCUGCUCGGUUGUUUCUCGGACUGUGGGUCAUGCAUGGCCACGUAUUUCUGUCUGCCGUGUAUGGAGUGUAGGAAUGCCUCACGGCUCGGAGAGUGUUGUCUGUUGCCACACUGCUGUCCGGUUACAAACAUCGCCAUGCGGGCUCGCCUUAGAACUCUCGGCGGAAUACGGGGAAGCAUCCUGGGUGAUAUUUUUGCCCUGUCCUGCUGCUACAUGUGCGCUGUUUGCCAGAUGUCCAGGGAGAUGGACAACAUGGGAAUUUAAAGAGCCGAAUGGAGCAACAUGACGGACACUGCUGGAUAAUCAGAAAAAACAGUCAUCAAUUUAUAUAUGUAGCCAAACAGCUGUGAUUUUAGUUAGAAUAAUAACGUUACUUUUAUGUCGUUAUAAUUGCUUUAAACUUCAUGAAAUAUUGUUUCCGGGUCUAACCAUGAUAUUAAAUUUUGAGCUUUCCUGUGAUCAAUGUGUUGGGGGACCUUUGCUGAACUGAGAUUCAGAUACUAAACCACUGCAAUUAUUCUUAACAGCAAAUCGACGAACUAGAAAACAGUUAUUUACAUUUACGCUUGUACAAAGUAUACAAUCAGCGGACAUGCUUACCCUUUGCUGAAGAUUUUGUUUAGCAUUGCGUCGCCAGAACUGACAGUUAUGUAUUAUGUGGGUGUUCAGUAAUAUAUGACAUUUGCUGUGAGACUAAUAAAUAUAGCUCCUAGAG